GCGUGGUGUCGCUAACUCUAGACACCAGUGCGGACCCGCCGCUCAGCGCCUCCUGGUUCCUCGGCGUCGGCGACGACGAGCUCGACCGCGGCGUCACGGCCGUUGCCGCCAGCUUCCCCAACCUCCGCCGCCUCUCGGUCCCCCGCCACCGCGGAGUCUGGCGGGCUUAUCCCUGGCGGAUGCCGGCGUCGCAAGAGCAUCAGCUCCACCGGUACACCGAUCUCGGCUUCCGACUUCAUGCGCCUCCAGAUUCUCUGCAUUGUUGCGACGUCCCCGCCCUCAACGGCAACUGCAACUGCCAGGGAGGUUCUUAUGCAUCCCUGGUUCCAAGAUUGGUCAGAUUGUAGCGGAUUGCGAGGGAGGUUCUUAUGCAUCGCGGCUGUGGGCCGGUGCAAUGCUAUGCCUGACAGCUUGAGGAGCUCAGAUCGCCAUCGCCCGAUCAAAGGGAAGGUGCUCAACUAUUCAACAGGCACAGUCCAUCGAAGAAGCUGGUGUAAAUUCUUCGAUUUCAGCCCAAAGUCAGCCACAUUUCUUGGUUCUCAAAAGUCAAAAGGGCAAACUCUGGUGCCCUUGGUCUUCAAAGUCUGGUUCCCCUUAUUCAACUUCAGAGUGCAGACAAGAGGGCACAUCAUAAUUUCUUCAGUGAUCAGAAUUCGGUAAUUUGAAGCACAAUUGCUAGUCCAGAGAUUAUAACAAGCUGAGAUUUCCCUGAGUACCCUUAAAAGAGUGAAUUUUUUCCGUCAAGUGCUGAGUUCUGAUUGAUUGAUUCUGAAGAGAGCCAUUGGUAAAAAUUGCUCAAACUUGCUGGUGUCUCUGACUGAACUAAGCUGCUGCUCUAGAAAUGCAGGCCGAGGUGUGUGUUUCAUCCGCUGCAGAGUUGGGCCAACUUGUCACAUAUUCUGGCCCAACAACCGGAUAGCCCAGGCAGGCCUUGCAAUCGUUCAUCCAAAACAUAUAAAGCCCGCAGACAUCCUGCCAAUUUCUUCCCAUCGUCCGCGCUCUCCAACUACCAGGACAACGGAAAGCUUCGGAAAGAAGAGCAGAACAAGAAACCAAAAACAUGGCCGCCGUCCGGGGCGGCUUCUCCUCCGGCGGCAGCACCAACACGCGCCGCGCCGGCCACCUCCUCCCGUUCCCCUGCAACAGAGAGCCCGCCGCCGCCUCUUGCGCCUCGUCGGGCUCCUCCCCGGCCCGCUCCAAGGCCACGCGGGCUGCCACCUGCUACGGCGCCGACGCCAAGCUGAAGCCCGAGGUUGAGGCCUCCGCGGGGAACAACACGAAGAUGCUGCUCGCAAUUUCCGCCACGGGCGGAAGCAGCCCGCGCUACGGAAGCCGCCCGCCCCACUCCGACAGAGCCGGAUCGCUCACCCACCCCAGCCCCGCCUCGCCUUCCUCGUGCAUCCGCGGCGGCGGCGGCUACCGCCAGACGCACGGAGGCGAGGACGCCUCCUCAUCCGUCACGCGGAGACUGGAAAAAGGGCAAGGGAGGUUGCCAACCAGAGCAGAUUUCAUGAAGCCGUCUUCUACACUGCGAACCAUCAGAUUGCAGACAACCAGGCAUCCUUCUCUGCUGGAUAGGAGAGGUUCUGUCAAUGACUUGAGAUUUCCUAAGGCGAGAGGAAAGGAGAAUGAGGUUUGUGAUAAGAACAACUGGCAGACUGAUACUGUGUCAUCUUGUCUAUCAUCAGCUCGUGAUCAGAAUUUUGAGUCCGAUGGUGCCUUUAAAGGUAGCAAUCACAGUGCGAUGUCCAUGAAACCUUCUGCUAUGCUGCAAAACAUCAGAAUACAGACACCUAGGCACCGUUGUCUGCUGGAUAGGAGAGUUGAGGGGGGCAAUCAGGUGCCUCCAAGAUCCAUCCACAAGGCUGUACCAGCUAGAUUGAUGCACCAAGGCCCCUCACAUAAUUGCCAUCAACAUGAGUAUGUAAUAGAUCCUAUCAAUGACAGCAUAGUUCCUGAAGUCAGUGAAGAGGAGGAUGAAGUCAAUGAACAGGACUGGCAGACUGAUACCGCGCCGACUCAUAUAUCCUCAGCUUGUGAUGAGUCCGAUGGUGCCUUUGAGGGUAGGAAGCAUAGUGCGCAUUUAGUGAAGCCUUCUGCUAUGCCACGAAACAUCAGACUGCAGAUACCCAGGCACCCUUCUCUGCUGAGCAGGAGAGUUGACAGAAUCAAUCAAGUACCUUUUAUGUGUGGAGGUUGCUCCUCAGACAAUAACCAUCAACAUGUGGAUGCAUUAGAUACUAUCGAUGAAUGGAGAUUGCACAAGGGUUGUGUUGUGACCACCAAAUGUAUUGGGCAAUCCUCUUCCACCGCAUCAAACAGUAGCAAGUUUGCUCCAUUGUCCUUGGGAAAAGUUAAAGACAAAGCGGCCAUUGUCCGUUCAGCUUCAGCUCACAAAUCAGGUGGCACUGUGGGUGCCAGGAAGAAAGAAGCUUAUAUUACCACUUUGGGCACCGGAGGUGGGUACGGGGACCCUCACCCUCCACCAUUCUACAAGUGCGAGGCGUGUCACAAGGGGACGGCCUUCUACAGGCUCAAGUGCUGCCGUCUGGUGGUAUGUGAGCGCUGUGGCUGUGCUUGUGAACCAGCAGAAGCUGUGGAAGACGAGAAGCUGCAGUCCCGGAGAGGCAAGGUGCAGGCUGGCAAAGAGAGACUGCCCAAGGUGAAGCUUGAAGGUUCAGAUCUUUUCCUCUGGCAGCCGUGUUCGUUCCCUGCGGGGCUCAUGUUGUGUGUGGCGAAACGGACUGGGAAUUACCUGCAGUAUUACUUUGCACCGGUUGACGAUCUUAUGAACCCGAAAGUCAAAGGGAUAAAGGCAACUGUCUACACCUUCCGUCAGCAUGGACGCAAUGCUAGAUCUCUGUCAGUAAGAGAUGAGCUCCUUACGCGCGAGCAGUUGCGCUAGCAAACAUGUAUCUUCUCCUUUCUGUGCAUUCGUUGUAUGGUAGUAUGGUACAGACCUUAACAGAAUGUUAGAACGAAGAAAGUGCAGUGUCCAGGUGAAAUAUCUGCAGAUAGAACAGUAGAUGCUCUGUUUGUUUCCUCUGUGCUCUAGUUGGUUUGUAACCUAGCAACCUGUAAGGAUGCUUGUAAACACAAACAUUGAUUGGCUUUUUUCAAUAUAAGCCGAGUAGAUACCAGUUGACGCUGA